GCUCGAACCCGCGGCGCGGCGGGGCAGAGCCGGGCCGGCUGCCAGGCUGAGGCUGCACCAGCGGCUCCUCGCGCUCCAGGAGCUACAAGAACUUCUGAAAGAAUUUGUGACAAUGUGCAGUCUUAACUGCUGCAGUUUCAGAGCCCUUUUUCUAUUGCUGUUCUGUAGGUCCAUGCAAAUUCCUGAAGCUGAAGGAAAAAGUGAAAUUCUACCUCCAACAAUACAAAAAAUCAUAAAAGGGUACAACAAGUAUCUACGUCCAUUUUUUGAUAAUGGUCCUGUGUCAGUGGGAAUGAGUAUGGAUAUUGCAAGCAUUGAUACAAUAUCAGAAAUAAAUAUGGACUACACAGCCACCAUAUUCCUCAGGCAGAGAUGGACUGAUGAGAGGCUUUGUUUCGAUGGCAAUAAGAGCUUGAGCUUAGAUGGUCGACUUGUGGAAAUGCUUUGGGUACCAGAUACCUUUAUAGUUGAUUCAAAAAAGUCUUUUCUUCAUGAUGUCACUGUUGAGAAUCGUCUUAUAAGGAUAUACCCUAAUGGAACAGUCUUGUAUGCCAUAAGGAUCACCACAACUGUUUCAUGCAGCAUGGAUCUGACUAAAUAUCCAAUGGAUAAGCAGACAUGUACUUUGCAACUGGAGAGCUGGGGUUAUAACAUCAAUGAUGUCAUGUUUUACUGGACCAGAGGAAAUGAUUCAGUUCGAGGUUUGGACACACUCCAGCUGGCACAGUACACAGUAGAAGACCACUUUACUUCUGUAUCUGAAGCUGUGUAUGAGACAGGACGUUACCCCAAACUUGUGUUUCACUUUGAACUCAAGAGAAACAUCUUGUAUUUCAUAUUAGAGACAUACGUGCCAUCAAUCCUUCUGGUUGUGCUCUCCUGGGUGUCAUUUUGGAUAAGCCAGUCAUCGGUUCCAGCCAGAAUCUGCAUAGGUGUCACCACAGUCCUUACGAUGACAACACUGAUGAUGGGAGCCAGGACUUCACUCCCAAAUGCUAAUUGCUUUAUUAAGGCAAUUGAUGUGUACCUUGGUAUCUGCUUCAGCUUCAUCUUUGGAGCAUUGUUAGAAUAUGCUGUGACUCAUUUCUGCACUCUACACCAACUCAGCUCAAAGGAGCUUCCAAAGAUUAUUGAUGAUGAUGAUGAUGAAGAAGAGAAGAAUGCAGUCCUGGCAGCAGUGACAAACAGUUGCAGUGCCCCUGACAAUACAAACAAGACUGACUCAAAUGAAAACAAACAAAGCAGCAGUGACAGAAAAAGGGAGAGGAGUCAACACAGAGUGUGUAAUUCAGCAAUGUCGGUAAUGAAAAGACUUUUCUGUAUCUUUGACUGCUUCCAUGUUAAAAACCCUUACCACAUAGACAACUAUGCCAGAUUCUCUUUCCCGUUAUCAUUCAUCAUAAUUAAUGUACUUUAUUGGGUGUAUUAUUUGUAUUUCUAAAUAUUUUCUUUUGUAAUAUUAGUUUAAAGUUUAGAAAGUGGACAUGGGAGGGGAAGUUGAGGAAAAAUGGAGAAAUUACAUUUGGAUAAAGGGAUAUAAAAGGACAUGCCAGCUUUUCAAGUGUGUCUGAAAUUUUUGUUAACUCACUUUUAUGCAUUUAAAUGUCUGUCAUCCAAAACUGGCUUUGUAUUAGCAUGCAUGUCCCAAACUACUUAUCAAAGGCCAAGAAGUCCUUUUUUAAAAUAUUUAAUGCUUAACUUUGUAAAAUAAGACAUUAUACUUGUUUCUGAACUCCAUUGAAUAAAUGUAAAAAUGGAAUGAAAUGUUGUUUUCUGCUCUCUGUACUCAGCUCCUUCUAGGUUUGUCAAUUAUGCAUACAUUUUCCAGAUUAUAUAAGAAAAUAUUUAAUUGCAGACCAAAGUGGUUUUGCUAUGUAGCAAGAAACAGUUCUGAAGACAUGACCUACCAAACAAAUAAUCUGUUCAUCUUUGUAAGGUCACAAAUAUGUAUUAAGAUCCCUCUCCAUUUUUAGACACCACUCCCAUAGUCAUCCAUAGCUUUUCUCAGUAAGUGCAGGGCAGACUACAGAAAUGGACUGCAGCCAAAAGGUUUAAAUCCAGAGAGAUGUAUUUCUGUGAGUGAGGAUUUAGUUGUUCACCAAUCCUUAAUGGAAAAUGGGAAUUUAUCCUGACAUUUAUACUCUGUACUCUGCUCAGUCACAACUGCCUGGGUAACUACUAUGUGGAGGAAAAAUUUGAUAUGCUUAAUUUUCAGCUUAGUAAACCCUCUUGAACUACAUGCAGUUAAAAAAAUUUCAAAUAAAGGUGGAAAACUUCUUGAAUAGAAAAGAAAACCAAACCUGUAUGUGUGAAAGCUCUUGAUAAGAUAGGAGAAGUUUUACACAGAUAAAAUGAUGACCCACAUGAGAAAAUGGUUACAGGUGAUGAAAAACCAUAAGUCUUUCCAAGUUGUCACUUCACUGACAGAUACUACAAGCCUGUCUCCUGCACUGCAAGCAUGGAAGUUGAAAGGUGUUUAUUAUUAUACCUUUUUCCUGACCAUAAUGUAUUUAUCUGUUCUAUAUAUAGGUAUAAAUGUGUGCAUGUGCAUUUAUGCACUGUGUAUUUCUGCUGAUCAUACUGCACAACAUGCAAGUGCAUUGAAAAGCUCCCCUAACAUGGGCAGACUUGGACACACCUGAUUACCAGGUGAAGAACAUCAUUACAUGAAGGAAGGAAGUGCAAAAUACCAGUGUGAGACAGAUUUGCCCUUGCUCCCAUCUAAAUCCAUAAAAAUCAUUGCACACUGGUAGACAAUUAUUAGGUUACUAAAAUCGCCUCAGUAUUUUUAUUUUCUAAGGGUUAACUACUGAAAAUUUGUUUCUCUGCUGCAAUUAGUAAUUUUUUUUUGCAAAGCUUAUUGGGACAAUGCAGCUUCAAGAACAGUCUAGGGCCUCUUGGUACCUUGUGGCUAUUCUGGCUUUCAUACUAAAGCAAAUACAUUCAAGAAAUCAAAUUAGGGCUGCUUGUGUUAAUGAGCAACCAAAAAAAAAAAUCUAUUCUUUCAUUUAAUAUUCUGCUACUGAAUAUUUAACUUGAAACCCUUUAUUCAGGAAGAGGCUGCUUGACAUUUUUUCUUGGAGGUGUAAAACUGGACUCUAAUUUCCAAUUCCAAAACUGGACUCUUUCCAAUUCUCACUCCCAUAAAAUUUACAGAAGACAAAUAUUAAAUCUUUGUACUUUUCUUGAUUUUGAAGUUUACAUUGUUCCUGAAUCUUUUCAAACAGUUAUCUGUCAUGUAACAUGAAAUUUGGGAUUAGCUGCAAGCAUGAAGUAAGCAUUUAGAGUUUUGUAGCUUCCAAUUAAUUUGGAGACAAUUCACCUUAAAUAUUAUUUUUUAAAGCUGUUGAAAGUCUGAGAAUUUUUAUUGACAAUGCACUAGCUGAAAACAGGGUCUGUUUUCCCACUGAUGUGCUAAUUGUAAGUAGUGUUAUACAAUGAAGUUCCCCAUGUUUUCAUGAAAGAAUUGACUGCACAGCCAGAU